AAAGCCUUUGAUAAAAUAUAGGUUUAAUAUUGCUUUCCUUCCAGAUUUCUUAGUUUCAAUCUGUCUACUGUUGCUCAGUUUGUCAGAAUUUUAGCAGCACGUUUGGCGCUCCACGUCCUCCUCGCCUUUAGGGGGCAGCAGAACGCCUGUUGAACACAUAGGAACCAAAACACGAAGCAGAGCAAAGGUUGAACCAGAGUGCAUGUGGAUAUUUUUGCACGAUUACGCCGCAUCUGUCUUUAUCCCUAACAGUGAGAUGCAGACCGCAGCAGGAGUGGGCUCUCCUCAGCUUCGCCCUCUAUUUGGCGGAGCUCUGUCGGCGGUCAUCCCCUACAACGUCACCGACAUUAGCGAGCUGAGGGAGAUCCCGGACAACCAGGAGGUGUUCGCCCACCCCCACACCGACCAGAGCCUGAUCGUGGAGCUGCUGGAGUACCAGGGCCAGGUGGCCGACCAGGACGCAGCCAGGUACCACUUUGAGGACAUCGCGGGCAGCAACAAAGCUCAGGAGCCAGGAGCCUUCGAAGUGAGUAGUGUUGCGGCCCUACCCAAAGCCGAGGUGUCCCUGCCGGAGUGCAGCAGCGCCUGGAUGCUGAAGGGGACACAGUGUGUGUCCAAGUUCAACGAAGAGGCCAGGAACACGGUGAGCAUCCACUUGGGUCUGCUCCGCCUGCCGCAGUUCUCCACAGAUAUCCUGAUAACCUUCAACGACCCGCAGAGCAUCAGCCCCGACAGCAGCAGCGCCUCUGCAGCGCUGACGCACAGAGAGCCGUGGACCGUGGACGACUUCCGGCGCACUUUACUGUCUCUGACUUUGCACGACCCUGGCCUGUUUGGCUAGAACUUUCACUUCUUGCACCACCAGACUCGGACUAUUUAUUGUUUUUCUCUCACACACGUUAUAGACAAGACAUGAUUUUAAGAACCAGACAUUAUAGGUGAAAUACGGUCUCCUUUUUUUCUGGCAGGCAAAUUAAAUUAUAAUCAAACUUCUUGUCAUGUGGUCAUAGCUUUUGUUGUAAAUGAUGUUUCAUGUAACUCUGACCUAUGAAUGACUGGCACGCAGACGUCCCCUUUAAUAUCCAUCCUAUUCAGUAUUAAAAACGACAUGCUUGUAUAAUUUAAUAUACUUUAUCUAUCUGAAUAAGCCUGAUAGAAGUUCAUAAUUAAAAAGAAUAAGACGCUUAAAAAAAGCACUAAGUUUGUCCCACUGUAGCAUGCCAGCUACAGUUGCAAAAGCAUCAGUUUGUUGAGAUUUUGUAAACCACAAACUUCAGUUUGUUUCCUAGAAUCUUAUGCAACACACCACCUCACGUUAGUGCAUAAUUGUUGAGUGAAAGGGAAAUUAUGUGUUCAUCUUCAUUGCUAUUUCGAUCCCCGUAAACAGAACCCAGUGCCACUAAUUGACUUCAGAAGUAGCGUAUGUAAAUUAUCCUUACUAGAAUAACUCCAGUUCUUCUGUGAAGGCCUGAGAGGUUUGCUAGAGAACAAGCAACAUCAUGAAGAUCAAGCAACUUCAGACAGUUAAGGGAGAAAGUUGUGGCAAAGUUUAAAGCCAAGUUAAGUUCUUCAUUCCAAAUUUUGGACAUCUUACGAAGAAUUCUUUAAAAUAUCUAAAAACAUAAAAAGUUCAAGAACACUGAAAUCCUAAAGACCCACAGUUGUCCAAAAAGAAAAAAAAAACACGAUGGAAGGUGUUUUGGUCAGAUAAGAUCAAGACAAUUUUUGAUCAACAUCCCAAAUGAUGUAAAUGUAGAAACACUAACACUGGGCUUUUAUUUGAUCAUUUAUAAUUCUAGUUUAUUGUCACAAUAAAUUCCAGUUAAUGUUUAGAAGAAACAAAAAACCAACUACCUGUAUUGUCAGGAUUGUUAGGUUUACUGUUUUCUCCACCAUUUGUUCAAUGGGAUCAAUAAAGUAUUUUUGAAUAAA